AUGUCACACUCUGAUAAGGACGAAAAGUUCAAAAACCCCAAUGCGGUGGGUGUGACCUCCCCAAUACCGAUAAGAUCGACAGCAUCUGUGGCAAGUCAGCUCCGGCACCCCGAGGGGCAUCCCCUUCAGUUGGAAGACAGUUCGAGGUCAUUUACGCCCACGACAUGGGACUCGGUCCAAAAACAUGUAUCUGCUAGACGACCCUCGUAUAAUACAAUUGUGAAUUAUAGAGAAAAGUACUACAAUUUGGACUAUCCCAAGGAUAGCAAUGCAUUGGCAAAAUUGCAAUUGGAUCCUUCAUCGAGAUUUUAUGCAAGGUCAAGACCUAGGACUUUGAACUUACCACUGUUGAUGCCUUACAAGAUUGAAUCACCCGAGGAGCAAGCUAAAUUUUUGAGCCACAUUGUUUCGCAUUUGUAUAUUGCCAUCAAGUCGUUAGAUAUUCAAGGUACAUUGAGUAUAAGUGCCAAAGACUUGGCUGCAUUAAAGGACUCUAUCUCAGAUGUGGAUAUUGCUUUGGAGACCAAUUUGUUCGAAAUCAACACCGCGGAAACUAAUGAGGAUGAACCAAUGACAGAUGAACUUGAUUCGUCGGAUGAAGAGAUGGAAGAGGACGACGAAGGUGAAGAGGACGAAGGAGACGACGAGAAUGAUAAAGAUGCAACAGUGCAACAUAAAAGAUCACCCAAAUCAGCUGCCGUGGUUACAGUGCGCACGUGGACUCAUGAGUUGUUAAUCUGGCUCAAAAUGAAGUACGAAAUGCCAGUGUGCUUGAGAAUAAAAUUGGCCCGAGUGUACUAUGCUUUAUGUCUCUGUCGUGGUCAACACAUAGGUAUCAAGACGUAUGUACGAGUGUUUGAGAUUUUGACAAAAGACCAAAAAUUACUUUUCGAACAAGGAUUGAGAUUGCCUUGGGAGGGUUUGUAUAAAGAGUUACAAAUUUUGUUCCCUUCACCUGAUUUAGCCUUGGGGCCUUUUGAGAAAAAAGAUCAGAAGCAGUUGGGCAAAUUGGCUUCGAAAGCUUCGUAUUUCUUUGACCCAAAAAGUUUGCCUAUAAUUUUUGAGAAAUUGGGUUCCAACUUCUCCGUCAGUACAUCAGCUUUAACAAUCUCGAGUCUUUCAUUGUUGCCCACAAAUUUCACACAUGGUGGGGUCCACGAUAAGUAUGAUAUCCGCCAUUACUUGAGUCCGUUAUUUUACAUGUGGCUCAAAAUCAACAAAAGCAGAGGACUUGAUGACCACAUUACAGGAAGAUUGGGAGUUAUUGUGAUGUCCACGCUAUUCAAGAUGCACGAUGACGAAAAGACAAGGGAACUUGUGAAGUUGGGAAAAUUUGGCAUCUUGUGUCAAAGCCAGAUGGAGUUUUUGUUCAAUGAAUUAAUCAAUAGUUUGAGUAUAAGAAAUGAAAAGUACGCAUCUAAAAAGCUGAAGUAUUUUCACGGAUUUGCUUCAGUUAUUGUGUUUUCAAUUGUUGGCGACACCGCCUUGGAAGAAGGCGGUAUCAUGUAUUUAUUGAAAACUUUGAUUAACGCAAUUGAGAGCUACAUACAUCCAUCAAAUACAGGCGAAUGGACAAGGGCUAUUUCCAGACUUGUUCUAGCAUUAAUCUACCAAUUCCACAAGCGAUACAAUUUGGAAACUCAACCUGAUGAAAAUCUUUUUAAUAUACCUGCUGAAGUGAAGCUCUCUCCAAGUGUGGUUAAAGAGUUUGUUAAAGUUAUGCUUCCAGUUGUGAAAACCGGUAUACAUUCAAAAAAAGCUGAUGCCUCUGCUGAGUACGUGACAGCGCUCCAGCUUUUGGCCCACCUUGAGCCUAACUUUGUUUUGGACAACACUUUAUUGGACAUUUAUGAGUCUUUGGAAGGGGUGAUUUCAACGCAUAGAGUGAUUAAUGCUUUGAGGAUGAUUGAUUCCAUGGCGAGAUCUCUUGUCUCAACGCCCAUUUUCCGCGUUCAUUUGACGCGCAUUUUGCUGUUGAUUUUACCAGGUAUUGACUCUAACGAUUUGGAAAAGACCCUACAGACAUUGGAGGCUUUCUCAGCUAUAUGCAAUUACGCUCCCAUUUACGAUUUAAACAAGGAUUAUGGAGACCCUGCGCUUGCUAUGGAGUUUACCCUGAAUCACAUUGAAUAUUUGAAAAGAAAGAUUUAUGAGGGCGAUAUUGCUGACUUUGACGUUGACCAGGAAACCGAAGUUGCAGCAUUGGUGUCAUCAACAUCUGCAUUUAAAGAGAUCUUUAGGUCGUUGUUGCAAAAAUUACCUUCUUUGCUUGAAAAUUUACCAGAUCCAACAAAAAGCUCUGGCAUUGAACGUGAUUUAGCCAUCUCAUUGCCCAAAUUUUUUUUCGUCAUCUUUGAAUCCAUGUCCGAUGAUAUCUUGAAUAUUUGUAAGAAAGAGUGGUUUGAAUUUAUGUUUAACAAUGUGCACCAUACAAAAGCUCGCAUAGUGGCUGAGAUCAGUGGUGCGAUAGUGAAGCGUGAUCCAAAGUGCUUUAAAGAAAAUGCACGCGUAUUGAUGGAUAAGAUUCGCGAGGAGAUUGAAGAGAACGGUGCUGGUGCGUCAAGAACAGGCGAUGAAAUUGUUCCCCGUGAUCAGGCUUUGUUUUGGCAGUUGACAAUCUUGGAUGAUUGCGUCGUCAACGCAGGACCUCAGUUAGUGAGUAUGCACAAAGAAUUGAUGGAGUUCUCGACCUUCCUUAUGCAACAUGUCAAAGGACCAUGCGUUUUCCCAUCAACAUUUUUUGUAAACCAAGUGUUACAAUCGGUUACAAAAAUCAGAAUCAAUGAAACUCGUUUAAUUUCUCCAGAGUAUGAAAAGGUGCACGGAGUUGACGAGAGUUGUUGGGGAGGCUUUUGGGACUCAAAAGAUAGAUUCAAGGAUACCGCGUUUGAGUGGUUUAUUCCUUCAGUAAAGGACGUGAAUUUUGCCUAUGAAUUUGCCAACGAUCACGUCAAAAUUUGUACAAAAAAUGUCAUUGCAUUGAUGGAGAAUUAUGAGCAAGAGCAAUCCAAAUCUUCGCUUUCGAUUCUUGACGAUUUACGAGUGAAUAUUUUGUAUUUCGCAUAUUCUUUGAGUGGAAUAUCGUUCUUGCUAGAUCCUUCUUUUGAGGAAGAUAUACCCAACUUGGAUCACGAAGCUGAAUCAAUUCAGCAAAGACUUUCAUUAUUGAAACAGAUCCGAGAAAUCAAAGAUGUAUCCACUCAAAAGGACUUCUUGUAUGAUGACAAAGUCAGUGAAAAUAUGCAGCAGAUUUUGAAUGAUUUGCGUAAUGAGGAUCUCAUUGAUUACAUUGCCGACUUUGAAAAAAUGAAUGAGGUGAUUACCGAACAUGAAACGACCAAGGAGGAUGAUGAGACUAUGAAAUCUACACCUGAAGGGAAGCAUACAAUCCACCGCCAUUUCCAUGUUCCAGAUAGACCAGAUUCUUCUGCCCCUGAAGCUUUAUCUGGUAGAGAGACUCCACGUAUUGAGGGAAUCCAAAUGUCCUCAAUGAACCCAGCAAUAACAUUCAGAGAGAAAAGUUUGUAUACAUCAAAUUAUUUCUUUGGUGACAACUCACGCCACAAGGAACAUAGGGAUUUAUAUUUGAAAAUUCACAAGACAAGGCACUUGAUUGGAAGAAGUUUGCAUUUUAUUCACAAGUUUUUGGUUAAUAAUUUCCACGACAAUACCAGAAUCUUCAAAAACCUUUUAUUUGCAACAAACGCGUGGAUCUCCGAUGUGGGUAGAGAAAGACUCCUUGAUUCUAGUAUUGCUGAAAUUGACUACGGGUAUGUUCAAUAUCUUCAAACAAUCAACAGAGUGAGGAAACCAUUCACUCGUAUCGCAAUCGGAGCUCGAUUAGAAGCAUACCAUCAAGCUAGAGUAGCAUUGCAUGCAACAUCAAGAUCAGAAACCAAUUUGGAUCGUGUUUUAUUGGAAGAUGUUGUUAAACUUGCUAGUUCUACAUAUACAACUAUUGCAAGUAUUGCUCAAAGAGUAUUGCUAGAUAGCAUGAGGAGAUUGAGCGGCUCGUAUAAUCAUAUCAUCAAGUCGACUUUCAGGAAUCUUUCCAAAGCAUUGGAUGCAAAUGACCAUCAACAGAUUGAGAGUACUUUAAAGGUUUUUAUGUUGCGUCGGAUUAAGGCAAAGUUACAAAACGACUAUCUCAAUCUUCAAAAGUAUGUUACCUUGCUUUACAGAUGUCUCAAAGUGGAUGACCCAAAGGUUUAUAAGCUAGCCCAGAGUUUGUAUGCUGGUGUUGGUAGAGGAAUAAGUACACCUAGCAACGUGUGCUUGAUUGACCACGAGGCAGUUGAUCUGAUAAGACCUCCAGAUCACCACAUUGACUUGGAGAUAAAGGCUGUUCAGUUAGCUAAAGAAAAGAAACGGAACUUGUACUUUGAAAAAUUGGAGAAGCUUCAGGAUCGAGUGUUUGAAGAGAAGGAAAAUAUCGCUCACUGGAAGAUUACGUUGCUGAACCUGGAAUUAUUGCUGAAUAUACAAGCACAUUUAGACAUCCCCACGAGAGGCGAUAUUUUGGAGAUGUUUACCAAUGAAGCAUCGACUGAACAUCCUAUAAUUUCGAGACAUGCUUUACAAAGUGUAACAAGAAUUUUGAACAAGUUGAAUAUUCUUAGUCAAUAUGAGUACAAACAUGAAAAUCUAUACAAUACGAAUUUCACUCCCCGGGGCUUGAAACUUGUGGACACAAAGCCUGAAAAUGGAGAAUCGUUCACCUCAAUGUGGAUAAAAGAACUUGGUAAUGUUGAUGAUCCGAAUUAUUAUUUGGAAACCAAGCCCUAUUCUGGUUGGUUAUUUUGGGGGGACAAUUUCAAAGCAGUCUCGCCAGAACUGAAUAUGACACUUAAAUUAGCCGAGGAGGAUGAAGCUGCAGUCAGAAGACUUGGUCAUGCGAUAGACAAGGAAUGGUUCUUGAAAAUUGUAAAGAUGUGGGUUUCCGAAGCAGAAAGCAGUAACGCAUAUCAAGUACCGGAUGUUAUGUUUGUAGGAAUUUUGGUCCUGUUGAUUUCAAAUGGGUUCACACCGAAGUUGACAUACUCGGAGUUGUUGUCAGUGGUUGAUGAGAUUUACGAUAGUGAGGAAAAGAGUGCCAAUAUCGUAACAUGUGAAUUACUUUCUGGAAUCUUGUUGAGCUCGAGACACACUGCGCCGCAAUACUGGGAAGAGAGAGAUGAAUUUGUUAUCAAAUACUUGAGAAAGAUUCUUGAACAUGAUAUUUCACCAGGUACUCUGUCAACAUGGGGUGUUUUUUGUCUUUGGGUCCCAGCACACACCGAUUGUAGACGAUUUUAUAAGGUUAUUGAGGAAAUCGCUAAUUUCAAGUUGGAUCCGAAUUCUGAUUCUGCUUUCAAGGAUUCAACAAGGAUCAGCUAUAUCAAAUCGGUUAUAUCAUCUACUUCUUGGAGAUUAGCCAACCCGGACAAAUUCUUGGACCUUUGCUUAGAGAAUAUGAACCACAAGUACAAUUUGGUGAGAAAGGAGAUUGGAUCAUUAAUGGCAGUGGUCUCGUUGAAUUAUUAUGUGGAAGCCGUCAAGGAUUGCAAAACAUUUGUGGAAAGUUGCAACAACGAUAACAAUUUGUUGUUGUAUGAUAAAAAGGGAAAACUAUUUGAUGAAGUGCCGAAACUUUUCACGCAAACUGAAAAAUGGAGAACUGAGGUUGUUCAUUUGGAACCACAAGAGAUUUUGGUUUCCAAUUACAUCAAUUCAGCAACUACGAUCUUGACUUGGUUGAGACAAGAGCUUGGUACCAAUUUGAGUAUUUUGCUUCAAGACAUGGUGCCAACGCAUAUUGUCCCAUUUCUACUUGAGCUUAUCAACUUGAAAGAAGUAUGCCAGUUGGGAAACAUUGAUCCAAUAUCGGUUUUGAAAAAGACAUCUCAAAUUUCUUUUACCGAACACCAUUUGAACAGUGUUGUUGAAAUGUUGGAGCAUUAUGCAAAGAAGGAAUUAAACAUUGUUCAAUCUAUUGUCAUUGGCGAAUUUACCGAAACAAUUUUCUUCAAGAAUUUGUUCAAGUUGACAAAGAAUCAACGUGAGAGGAUUGUCAAUAUUACAAACUCAUUGAUUUACCAUAAACACGUCGAAGUUAGAGAAGCUGAAGCUGGAACGUUGUCCGGGUUGAUUCAUAUGCUACCAUUGAAUGAAGUGGAUGAUAUUGUUAAAAAGUUUAGUGAAUCUUACUCACGACAAUUGGAUGAAACAAGAGCAAAGUACAAUCGUAAUUUCAAAAAUAUCACCUCCGCGGAUCAUAUCACUUUGCACGGUGCUACUUUGGGAUUGGGUGCAUUGAUUAAUGCAUUCCCAUUUGCAUCACCUCCACCAAAUUGGAUGCCACUGUUGUUGUCGACUCUUGCAAACAAAAGUACAGGUAUACCUGGUAUCGUUGGUAAAACAGCAAAAGAAACACUAGGACGGUUUAGGAAAGAUAGACAAGACAGUUGGCAUGUUGAUAGCAAGGUAUUUACAGAAGACGAAAUCCAAGACCUUGAAGGUGUGCUUUGGCGAAGCUACUUUAUUUAA